CACACUGGCAUGGCCGACUGAGGCUAACCCGUCUGUGGCUGUGACGAGCGCGGCGAGAUAUAGCGAGGAUAAGGGGACACUCACUUCCAUUCCAUUCCAUUCGGCCAUCUCAUUCCGCAUUCCGGUUUCCCCACGCGACGACGGCCACAGCUCCUCACCAACCUCCCCACUGAACCAAGCGCGCGCUCUCUCUCCGUCGAUCGUAUGGUGCCCAUGGUCACCGAGGCGUGGACGCUCGCCGGGUGCGGCGGGGCGGCGGCGUCCAAGCCGGCCGCGGCGGCGCAGGAGGUGCCCGCGCUGCUGCAUCCUGUCGCCAAGAAACCCACCUCGUUGAGAGGGGUGGCCGCGGCGAGCAGCGCAGGCCAGGACGCCGCCGUCGUCGUCGGGAGGCGCCGCGGCAUCGCGUCGUCGUGCCUGCUGGCCGCGCUCGCGCUCGCCGGCGCCUCCUCCUCGGGCGACGCCGCGCGGGCCGCCAUCCUGGAGGCCGACGACGACCUGGAGCUGCUGGAGCGCGUCAAGGAGGACAAGAAGAAGCGGCUCCAGAAGCAGGGGGUCAUCAGCUCCUCCGCCGCCGAGACAGGGUACUUGCAGGAGCUGGUGUACAAGCUGAGCAAGGUGGGGCAGGCCAUUGACAAGGACGACCUCGCCGCCGCCGGCGACGUCCUCGGCCCCGGCUCCGACGCGCCGUGGGUGCAGAACGUCAAUGCAGCUUUCUCCAAGUUCAGCUCAAGCAGUGAGGAGAAGAGCGCGGUCGACAGCUUCAACUCCUCGCUGUCCUCCUUGUUCACAUCAGUGAGCAAGAGCGACAUUAACUCCUCCAAGUCGGCGUUCGUGUCGUCGGCCACGGCGCUGGAGAAAUGGGUGGAGCUGGCCGGGCUCACCGGCAAGCUCAAAGGCUUCUGAAUUUUCUGAGAUGAGUGAAUUGUUGGCUGACGAGUACAUACCUACCGGAGAUGGUGUUUUCCGCCUGAAAUGCCUCCCUAGAGUCAAAGAGAAUUGCAAGAAUGCUCUGCCCAUGAUACUGAUAUACAUGCGUUGAUUCUAUUGUAAGUUCGUAACCACGGCUUCGACGGAAGAAUAAUCUGUUAGAAUCACAAUUUCCUCUGUGCUCUGUUCCCCUUGUUGAGAAGUAAAAGACACUGUUCGUGUCAAGAAAUUGUUUGCAGUGUAUUAGGACAUUAUAAUAAUAAGAAAACAAUGUGUAUCUGUCUGUCUA